AUGGAGUCGUUUGGAGCAGAUUUGAAUCGCGACACAGAGCUUCAAGCAGGAAAGCAGCACUUUGAGUGUAGAGAUGCAGAGGGUAAGUGUUAUCAGUUAAUUAUGGGUCUGAAUGAAUGCUAUGACUCUUUGAGAAAUGAAAUUCUUCGCAUGAAUCCUCUACCUGAUGUGGAUACAAUAUAUGUAAUGCUGCUUAAGGAAGAAACACAAAGGAAAGUCAGUACGAAUCUGAUGGUUAAGCCUGAGAAUGUUGCUUUGUUCUCAAAGCCCUAUGCAACACCUAGUCAUCAGGGAGGUCUAUUGCAAUCUUAUGGCACACCUGGUGGCUAUCAGGGAGGAUCUAUGCCUAAUUCAUCCGGAUCACAAGCACAGACAGGUCAGUCAUCCAAGCAAAUUAUGACUAAGAAAAUGAAAAUGUUAGCCAAGAAGGAGAGGAUGAAGCUUUUCUGUACACAUUGCAAGAAACCUGGUCACUUAAAGGAAGACUGCUUUCUGAUAAAAGGAUUUCCAGACUGGUGGGGAACUCAGAAAGGACCAAACCGCGCCAAUGCACAUUCAGCAAAUGUGGUUUAUACACCACUUGAAUCAGAAAAUCCUAAAUCAGCUAGUAACUCUUGGCAAAUUCAAAAACCUGAGAUCACACAGAACUGGUUGGUAUCUUUCACUGCUAGAGGAAUUCAGAUGUCAGAAUAUGGGAAAGGGAAUUGGCAGAAUCUGCUUUCAAGUCUGAUGCAAGUAGAGGUUGGCAAACUUUUGAAGGGCAAAGGAUCAACAGGAGAAGCAGGAAGUGGAUUCUUUGUCAACUAUGCCCACUUCAAUGACUUCUCAAGUAGUUCUGUUGCUCUUUACCUUAGUUCAAAUGUGAUUGGUUUGAGUAGUUUAGUGUGGGUUACAGAUACAGGAGCCACAAGUCAUAUGUGUUGUUCUAUCCAAGCCCUUACUAACAUUCAAUCAGUUAGUUCUUAUACUCUUGUGUUCUUACCUGAUGGUAGUGUUAAAGCAGUAGAAGACAUAGGAGAUGUCAUACUUUCUGGUAACAUUACUCUUAAAUCCGUGCUACAUGUUCCCACCUUUCAACAUAAUCUUCUUUCAGUUAGAAAAUUAUCCCAAACAGGAACCUAUUUCCAGUUCUUUGAUGAUUUCUGCUUGUUGCAGGACCUAAGGACUAACAAGGUUCUUAGAGCAGGCACAAUUAUCAAAGAACUAUACAUUCUUACACCAUACUCUUUCACUGAAGAAGUUAUUCAAAAAUCCCAAAUAAUGUACUCAAAGCUUGUUCUGUUAGCUUCUAGAACAGUUAAUCAGUUUACUUGUAAUCCUGUUUUACAUUCUGAAAAUAAGAUUAGUGUCAAUGAUCAGCAGCAUGAUGUACAUUCUGUGACUGGUGAUACUCAUCCUGUGUCAAUGGAUGUGCAUCCAGUGCAGGAUCAACAGCAUGAUGUGCAUUCUGUGACUGGUGAUGUGCAUCCAGUGAUCAUAGCAAAAAUUCCAGAUUCAAACAUUCUAACUUUGAUGACGAUUUCUGUUGCUUACGCUUUAUCGAUAACGAUUAUAGCACCGUUAGCGAGAGGGCAUCUGAGUCUAGUCAAGGAGACUGCAAUCAUUGCAGUCAUGAAACUUCAAAACUCUCCUCUCUGUCAGAGCGUUCCAACAGGCAUCGCUGGAAUAUUCAAGCCUCCACCUACAUACUGUUCCCUCGAAGGAGAGGCAAUAAUCUUGCCCCCUCAACUGUUCAAGGGAGGGCCAUCCGUGGCAGUGCAUACUUUCAGCAACCCGCCGACGAUCGAGUGUCUUGUCCUCGAAGAGUUCACUGCUCAGCUGAACGAGGCUGACAGCCUGAGAUUGCUACCCCUGUGGGAAGCUCUGUCUGGUGCCCUGGCGAAAAUGAGUUCCCCGGCGGACAUUGCCUCAUUUCCUGGCGACGUUCCUGCUAUCCUAGCCAAGGGUCCAAGUGAGAAAGAUCCCAUACCUGAUGUACCAGACGAGUACAUGGGUAUCGAGCUCGAGGAUGCCGACGAAGCCACUGAGGAGGACGUUGCUGAUACUGGCCAUUCUGGAGUCCAGAGAACUAUCGAGGAUGCCUCCCAGGACCCCUCCAAGGACCCCCCUCCAGGGAGUGAUGCUGAUAGUUGGUCCGUCAACCGUGUUCACCUCAUGGUGCUAUCGGAGGAGCAAUCGAGCGAAUUCCCGCUACAUUCUAUGACUAGCGGAAUUCUAAGAAGCCGUGUCGAUGUGCACAGCAUCGAGACAGUGGCAAACUUAGAGAAUGACCUUCUCGAUGCGAUGAGGACGCACAAUGUAAAGGUUAAUCAGCAUCUGAUAAAUGAGAUUAAAGGACUUCGCGAGGAGAUGCAGCGUCGAGAAGUUCAAAGUCUGAAAGACUAUAGUGAUUCUUUGACUUUCGAGGCCAAGAUCCAUGAUGAGCUGGUUACCUUGGAGAAGGAAAAUGCUCGGCUGAGAGCAAGACAGCAGAUUACCGUGCCUCCCUGGUUCCUUGAGAAGCAUCAAGUGCUAGCCCGAGUCCAGAACUCGCCGCUUUAUUGCGGCUCUGGAUAUACUGAAAGAGAAGGCUCGUGGGAUCAAGCUUCUUACAAAUUAUAUUGCCAAACUACAAAAUCUAACUACUGGACAACAACAUUGACUUCGAGGCUUUUGAGCGUCCGGAGGAAAUAG